AACCUCGUGAAUUGGACAAUUUGUAUCCGGACACAUUAGUAGCUGUACUCAGUUUAGAGCUAGCGGAAGGUAAACAGAGAGCUGUCAACAUGGCUGAGACUCACAGCUUGCAGGAUAUGAGGCAGCAGGCGGCUAUCGCUGCCAAAGUGUUCAUCCAGAGAGACUACACCAACGGCACUGUCUGCCAGUUCCAGACCAAGUUCCCUUCUGAACUGGAGACCAGGAUUGACAAGCAGCAGUUUGAGGAGACGGUGAGGACGCUGAACAACCUGUAUGCUGAGGCAGAGAAGCUGGGAGGCUCGUCGUAUCUGGAAGGCUGUCUGGCCUGCCUCACAGCUUACACUAUCUUCCUCUGUAUGGAGACACACUACGAGAAGGUUUUGAAGAAGAUUGCUAAAUUCAUCCAGGAGCAGAAUGAUAAGAUCUAUGCUCCACGAGGUCUGCUCCUCACUGACCCUAUUGAGAGAGGCCUCCGAGUUGUUGAAGUAACCAUCUUUGAAGACAGGAGCCUGGGCAGAUAAAAUCUACAGUACUAUGAUCCCAGACGGACUGGACAAGAGCUCUUGAGGGGCUGGUUCUGCUCAGCAUCACCUGGGGCCUCAUUUAUCAAAGGUGCGUUCACACACAAAAUAGUCUAAACCUUGCGUAUGCCAGUUUUCCCUCAAAUGUUGGUAUUUAUCCAUUUUGACCUGGAAGGGAAAGUGUGCUCAUCUCCACACACAUCUCAGACCAGCCGUACGCACAACUUCUAGUGGUAGAUCAACAUGUAUCACAAGUAAAUAUUGUUAUUUUGAGAAAAAAUGUAGGUGUCUGAUGCACAAGAAUUCUAAUAAUGGUAGGCUAAUAAAAACAUAAAGGCCUAAUGAUAGAACAGAUGCAUUUGCCGUUGGUAAGGAGAUCACAUAGCCGCAUGUAGCCUAAUGCGUUUCUUUUACUUGUAUUAUAUAAGCCUAAAUUAAAAUCAUAUAGCGGGACAUGUCUCUCCUUUUCCACUCUUAGCGGCGUUGGCGGCAAGAGGAUGUUUCUGGUUUUCAGGGAUACAGUAUUUUCAACCUAACUUCCGUUUCUCCUGGAGAAAGGAGAAUAGCCAAACAUGCUCAAAAGUAAAUAGACCGGUAGCCUAUUUAAAUUUGACAGUGUGUAGGAUACAGUAUCGCUGUGCGAUAGGCUAUGACGUUGCACUCCUAUUUCAAUUCAGAGCCUAUACCAAGGCAGGAGAUAGAAACACAAUCAUCUACUGAUAAACAAAAUAUUGAACACAAAUUAGUAUUUUCCAUAGAAGUGUGCAGUAGCAUUUACUGUUUAUUUUAUUUAAUUUAUUUAAUUUCACCUUUAUUUAACCAGGUAGGCAAAUUGAGAACAUGUUCUCAUUUACAAUUGCGACCUGGCCAAGAUAAAGCAAAGCAGUUCGACACAUACAACAACACAUAGUUACACAUGGAGUAGAACAAACAUACAGUCAAUAAUACAUCUGUUGAAUUGUUCGAGUAGGGAAUCAAACUUUCAGAAUGUGCUACCAGUGUUUGGCACGCAUUUUUUGUUUGAAAAAGGUAAGUAAUUCUGCCCUCAGCUCUACAUAAACGUGAUACAAUGUGCCAUUGCACUUUCUUUUUUAUCAUGGCCCAGUUCCAACAUCUCCAAAUCAUACAUCAAAUGAGGGUGUUUUUAUUACCAUAAAAGGUAACAGAAACACGUGUAUAUGUUGUGUGCAGUAGUUUGACGAAUCCCAAUAAUUGAGUUGUGAAUGCAAAUCCUCGUAUCCCCACGUACGGCACCAUUUAGUGAGAAAUGUACGCACGGUUGAUAAAUGAGGCCCCUGGUCCUGGGUAGGUGGGACCACCACCACACCUCCAGACUGAGGACCACCUGAAGCUUUAGCCUGCAGAACAUCAUACCAGGCCCUCCUGGCUCCCAUCCAGGAUCCACAUCUACUUUCUGACUACUGCGUCUCUACAAUCUCCCCUGUAUUCGACUCCCUCACACUGUUCUAUACUCCACUCAACUAACGCAUGUACAGUAUAUGAUGCUGGGGCUGUAUUACCCAUUAAAAUCCUAAAGGCCCCUCUAAAGUGAAAUAAGAUACGAUUUGACAGUUACGUUGUUUCCUGUAAUACAUCCCCAGACUCCUAAUUCUCUCAAAUGUAUUUCCUAUCUCUGUAUUUAUAACCAUUUACUUACUGUGUCUUAAGUCUGUUUACUUUUGCCUGUACAGAGAUUGCUUGCUUUACAAAACCAAAUGGUCCAAAUUAUGCUUGCAUUCUUCUUGCAUGUUGCGUCAAUGCUCAGAUGGUUCUUUUGUAAAACGUAAAUGUGCCAUGCAUAGUGUUUGUUUGGUGACUACUGUUCAUUUUGCCGUGCGUUGAUUGACUUGUAUGUGUGUGGGUAGGCUAUGUAAGCACAUUUGAUUGCCUUCAAGUGAAGCGUUAGGCCGAGAAGUGCUCUUGUCUCCAGUGCCUGUAGUUUCUGUGAAGAUUGCCUCUGUCAGCUCAGUGAGUUCAGGUCAAGUGUAUUUUAGCAGCCAUCUUAUUUAGCUUAUCCUAACUUUUGCUCGCUUUAUUUUCGGCAGCAAGCAUGUUAAAAAUCGAAGACGAUUCCUAAACAACCCCAACUUCUUGUUUUCUUUGUUUUUGUAUUGAUCAAUUGUAUGAAUGAAGGACAUUAGAUUGUUAACUUUUGGUGAUGAUAUAGAUAUACAUUGACAGUACGUGGGUUAAAAACAAUGAUUAAUAUAAACCCUGGAUUGCUGAUAUGCAUUGGCCAAUGAAAGGCUUUGAAGCCAAAGGUCGGCCAUAGUGGCACUCCUCAGAAGAAGCAGUUUUCAAUUAAAUGUAUCAAAGACAAAAUUACAUGUAUUUAAGUAUUUUUUUAUUGUAGUGGGGACGGUAGCAUUAGAACUUUAAAGAAAUUAUACUUUGACAGAUGUUUUUAUAUAUACAGUACCGGUCAAAAGUUUGGACACACCUACUCUCUCAAGGGUUUUUCUUUAUUUUUACUAUUUUCUACAUUGUAGAAUAAUAGUGAAGACAUCAAAACCAUGAAAUAACACAUAUGGAAUUAUGUAGUAACCAAAAAAGUGUUAAACAAAUCAAAAUAUAUUUUAUAUUUGAGAUUCUUCAAAGUAGCCACCCAUUGCCUUGAUGACAGCUUUGCAUACUCAACCAGCUUCACCUGGAAUGCUUUUCCAACAGUCUUGGAGUUCCCACAUAUGCUGAGCACUUGUUGGCUGCUUUUCCUUCACUCUGUGGUCCAACUCAUCCCAAACCAUCUCAAUUGAGUUGUGGUCAGGUGAUUGUGGAGGUCAGGUCAUCUGAUGCAUCACUCUUCUUCUUGGUCAAAUAGCCCUUACACAGCCUAGAGGCAUGUUGGGUCAUUGUCCUGUUGAAAAACAAAUAAUAGUCCCACUAAGCACAAACCAGAUGGGUUGGUGUAUCGCUGCAGAAUGCUGUGGUAGCCAUGCUGAUUAAGUAUGCCUUGAAUUCUAAAUAAAUCACUGACAGUGUCACCAGAAAAGCACCAUCACACCUCCUCCCCCAUUCUUCACAGUGGGAUCCACACAUACGGAGAUCAUCCGUUCACCUUCUCUGCGUCUCAAAGAAGGAAGUUGCAAAAAUCGCAAAUUUGGACUCAUCAGACCAAAGGACAGAUUUCCACCGGUCCAAUAUCCAUUGCUCAUGUUUCUUGGGCCAAGCAAGUCUCUUCUUAUUAUUGUUGUCCUUUAGUAGUGGUUUCUUUGCAGCAAAUUGACCAUGAAGGCCUGAUUCACAGAGUCUUCUCUGAACAGUUCAUGUUGACAUGUCUGUUACUUGAACUCAGUGAAGCAUUUAUUUGGGCUGCAAUUUCUGAGGCUAGUAACUCUAAUGAACUUAUCCUCUGCAGCAGAGUUAACUCUGGGUCUUCCCUUCCUGUGGAGGUCCUCAUGAGAGCCAGUUCCAUCAUAGCGCUUGGUGGUUUUUACAACUGCUCUUAAAGACAUAGUCAAAGAUCUUGGCAUUUUCCAAAUUGACUGACCUUCAUGUCUUAAAGAAAUUAUGUACUGUCGUUUCUCUUUGCUUAUUUGAGAUGUUCUUGCCAUAAUAUGGAAUUGUUAUUUUACCAAAUAUGGCUAUGUUCUGUUUACAACCCCUACCAUGUCACAACACAACUGAUCGGCUCAAAGAAAAUAAAUUCUACAAAUUAACUUUUAAGAAGGCACACCUGUUAAUUGAAAUGGGUUCCAGGUGACUACCUCGUGAAGCUGGUUGAGAGAAUGCCAAGAGUGCAAAGCUGUAAAUCAAUGCAAAGCGUGGCUACUUUGAAGAAUCUGAAAUCUAAAAUAUAUUUUGAUUUGUUUAAACACUUUUUUGGUUGCUACAUGAUGCCAUAUAUGUUAUUUCAUAGUUUUGAUGUCUUCACUAUUAUUCUACAAUGUAGAAAAUAGUAAAAAUAAAGAAAAACCCUUGAAUGAGUAGGUGUGUCCAAACUUUUCACUGGUACUGUAUAUAUUUGUAUGUUUCAUAAUUAUUUUUGAUGUUUAACUUACAUAAUGUAAUUUUAAAGUAUGCAUUACAGAGUCUGUAAUGGAAUAAAUGUGGCUAAAACUAAUUUAGACUUUUCUAUAGCUUCCAAAAUAUUUUUUACCAUGGUUGGUGUGUCAAGAUGGAGGUGUGGUGGCUUCAAAACAGCUCCUUGUCAGUCAUCUAGUUUAUAAGUAAUUGGUUAAAUAUGACAUUACUCCAUGGAAUUACAUCCAUUUCAUAAUGAUGUGUUUUGAAUGUUAAAUGCUGAGUUUCUUUUGUCUGAUUGAAAUCUGUUAGUGUUAUGUUACAGAUAAUCUAACACUACAGAAAUGUCCAACUAUAGAUUUUAUGGAACAUUUUGAGGGUAGGUUAUAAUGAAAGUCAGAUUACUUAUUCUCAUAUAUUGUAAAUAUUAUUUCAAUGUAUUCUGAAGAUGGCAAUGUUGAGCAAAAUGAAAAUGUAUUUAAUUUGGCCUUUUUAACAUUAAACUCUUUAGUUUGAUAAA